AAGAGAAGAGAUUAGAGAUCCACACACACAGUACUCAUUAUUACCAUUCACUUUCACUGGCGGCCAACUCCAAAACCCUCCUUUUCUUUUGAAUUCUGAUAUUAUUCUUGACUUGGGUUUUCCUUUGAUGCCAUAUUUGACUCCUUCGUAUUCUAAUGGCUACUUCUACUCCCGAUAAUGAAGUUCCCAACGCUUCUCCCAUCCCCAAAGAAGUAGAGAAGCCUCCGAUUGAGCCCAUAAGGUUGCCCACUGUUGAGGAAAUUCGCGGCCAAGACAUUUGGAACAACUGUGCUGUUCGUAGUGUCUUUAGUGGAGUCAUGGGUGGCGCUCUUGGGUUGGCCAUGGGUUUGUUUAUAGGUUCUCUAGAUAAUCCUAUAACUCGAGAUGAGAUGAGUGGUAAGCAGCAAUUUGUUUAUCAGGCAAAGCAGAUGGGGCGCAGGAGCUGGAGUUCUGCAAAGGCAUUUGCUGUUAUGGGAUUUGUUUUCUCUGCGUCUAGAUAAGCAAACUUUACAAUAUAAACUUAGCAAGAGAAAAAUUGAGGUUUAUUGAAGUUUAGGAGGCUCCACCUCUUCUUCAUCGAGUUAUGGCCCGUUUUGGAAGUGUAAGAGCUCCAACACACAUACAUAUAUGUUUUUGUAUAAAUAUAUUUUUGAGUUCAAGGCUGUCUUUGGUUUUCCAGGAAAAUAUGUAUUUUCUUAGCAACCAAACAGAGUUAAUAUAGCUGUAAUGGACUAUGAUUAGGGCUUUAUAAUGCGUUCAUGCUCUGAAAACAGUUUGAUGAUGAAUUGUUUCUUGUUUUUCUUAAUAUUUUCCUUGAAAUGUUAAUGUAGAUAUUUGAUUAAGUACACUAAUUAUGUUUUAACUAACAAGACAUUAACAAUAGUUGGUAAUUCCGUAAUUUUAAUUUUAUACAUACAUAUGCUUUUCAUUUUUAUUGAUGAAGCUAUAUUUUGUAUAUUACUACACAAUAUUUUACACUUUUGAAUAAGCUGGUUGGAAAUUGGCUAUGUACUAUUAGUCAUGUCUAAAGGAUUAAUUAAUAUAUUUCACCCGUA